UGUGCUGUGUCCGCCGGCGGUGUCCACCCGCCGGAAUCAUUUGAAGUGAGAGUCGGAGCGGGUGAAACGAUGCCGCUGGAGAACCUGGAGGAUGAGGGCCUGCCCAAAAACCCGAACCUCGGCAUUGCUCAGGCCAAGUUCUUGCUGACUUUGGACGGCCACAAAAAUGACCCGAAGAUGCGGAGCGAGCUGAUGGAUUCGGUGAAGGAGAACAAUAUGGCACCAUACUAUGAACAGCUUUGUAAAGAUGUCGGGUGGUCAAUUGACACAGACUUGUUGAGCAAAAUGAAAAAGGCAAAUGAGGAAGAACUAAAACGUCUGGAUGAUGUACUGGAGGAUGCAGAAAAGAACCUCGGGGAAAGUGAAAUCAGAGAUGCUAUGAUGGCUAAGGCUGAAUAUCUAUGCAGAAUUGGUGACAAAGAAGGUGCUUUGACAGCUUUUCGGAAAACAUAUGAUAAAACUGUGGCUCUGGGACAUCGUCUAGACAUUGUGUUUUACCUGCUAAGAAUCGGUUUAUUUUAUAUGGAUAAUGAUCUGAUCACACGUAACAUUGAGAAGGCAAAAAGUUUGAUUGAAGAAGGUGGUGACUGGGAUAGAAGGAAUCGUCUCAAAGUUUAUCAAGGGAUGUAUUGUGUGGCAAUUCGAGAUUUCAAGCAGGCUGCAGAGCUAUUCUUAGAUACUGUCUCUACGUUCACAUCCUAUGAACUCAUGGAUUAUAAAACCUUUGUAACUUAUACCGUUUAUGUCAGCAUGAUUGCACUAGAUCGGCCUGACCUUCGUGAAAAGGUCAUCAAAGGUGCAGAGAUUCUUGAAGUACUGCAUAGUCUUCCAGCAGUUCGGCAGUAUCUUUUCUCCCUGUAUGAGUGCCGUUAUGGGGUUUUCUUCCAGUCUCUUGCUACAGUAGAACAGGAAUUGAGAAAGGACUGGCUCUUUUCUGCUCACUAUCGCUACUAUGUACGUGAAAUGAGAAUUUUGGCAUAUAGUCAACUCCUGGAAUCGUACCGUUCAUUAACGCUUACUUAUAUGGCAGAAGCCUUUGGUGUUGGUGUUGAGUUCAUUGAUCAGGAACUAUCUCGUUUCAUUGCUGCUGGUAGACUACAUUGUAAAAUAGAUAAAGUGAAUGAAAUAGUAGAAACCAACAGGCCUGACAGCAAGAACUGGCAGUACCAGGAAACUAUAAAGAAAGGAGACCUGCUAUUGAACAGAGUCCAGAAAUUGUCACGAGUAAUAAAUAUGUAAUUUGUUAAAGGAAUACUUAACAUGUAAUUGCCAUUUAGGUUUUGAAUUGUUCGAGUUAUUUCUCCAAACUUGACCUUUUUAAUAUUUACAAAUCAUGGGUUUAGUUUGUGCCAUUGUUAAACCUUGUGUAGUCUGAACUUCAUAGUUUACUACAGUGGAAACAUUUACAACUGUAUAUAAUAAUAAACAGCCAGAGCAUGUUUUCAAAA